GUUUUAACAAUGACUGAGAAAACAGCUCCCUGGUGGAGGUCUUUCGUGGGCAAGAGGAGAAAGGCAGCCAGAGAAUCUGCGGUGACACUGGAACAGGACCUCCGUAAUCAGGCUUCAGCAGGGUCCACACAGCAUCCCUCCGCUGAGCCGGACCAACGGCUCACUUCACCGACACGCCCAGCGAAAGAAGAGGGCAACUGCUUACCGAGCGACGAAACAUAUGACGACUCCGCUGUUCAGCCAACAUUCAACGAGAGCUCCAAUCGCCGCAAUCUCACCGUGUCCCGCUCCGGACGCUUCAAAGAGAAACGGAAGACGCGCGUCAGUCUUCCACAGAACCACGGAGAUGAUGGGAAAUCAGCCGACGUCCAGUCAACCCGCUGAUUGCCACUGCGGUUUGGUAGAGCACUAAAUACGGCACUACCUCCCUUCUGACACUGUUGAACUCAAUUUGACUCAUGAAUGCACUUAUAUGAAGGUAUGAGGAUAGCCUUUUGGAGUAAGUUAUCCAUAUUACAGAAGCUUUAUUUUCCAAAUGCUGGAAAUAAUGACAUUUCCCUGCUGAAAAAAACUGUUUCUUAGUCAGGCUAGUCUUUACAGGUUUUAAAGGGGUUUUGGGCACUUUACAAUAGCUGGAAGACCAGCUGGGCCAGUCUGGAUUACUAACUAGGCCAGCCUUAACCAGCUAAGACCAGCAAACCAUAAGAUGUUUUUUUUUUGCCAGCAGGGUUAUUGGACAUUCAGCAGAAUAAUUUUUGUGAAGGAUACAACUUAAAAAUUUUUUUUUUAGAGAUUUGUCAUACAUAAUUUGCACUGUUUUGUGGUGUUGUUGCAAUAUUUUACGAAGGACUGUACAUUAGAAGGAUUUAGCAGCAUAUAUUUUUAAUGGUAAUCAGUGUGCUGCAAGCACAGCCUUAUCAUGACUUGUUUUUAAUGCUUGUGCAUGCAUGCCACAUAUUUUUAAAGGGGUUAGGGUGGUGGUCCUAUCCGUCCAGAAUCAGAUUAUUACUGUAUAUGCCAUGAUAGUCAUGCAUUCGACAUGUCAGAAAUCAAAGCCAUGCAUUUUCUUGUGUAGUUUGUUUUAUUGAAUCCACCUUGAUAGUAGUGAUUCAUUCUCCCACUGCAAAACAGUAGUGCUAUAUUUUCAUUAGACAAACCAAAGAUUCUAUUCUUAUAAUGUUUAGUUAACAGAGUCAAGAGAAGCAAUAUAACUAAACUAUAAACUGUUAGUUUAGCAAACAGUGUUUACGGUAGUUAUAUGAGUAUAUUAUUG